AUGGCUGCUCACCCAGAGCCAGACAACAAACAGGACGGCCCUGUGGCCCAGCAGCACGAGGAUGUGCCAAACAAUAUCCUCGCGCAGAGCGCCGACCAGGAGGAGCACGUCCUCGGCGCAUGGGCGUCGCUCAUGGCCUACCCGUGGGCAUCGGCAUGGUGUGUCUACGCCUGCUGGUGUGUCACCCUCCUCGGCUUCGACGCCCAGGCUGCUGGCGCCAUCGUGGGCAUCCCUCAAUUCCGCAAGGACUUUGGGUAUGAGUUUGAGGGUGAAUAUGUCCUUCCAGCGUAUUGGCAGUCCCUGUUCAACGCUGCACCCGUUGCUGCCGCCACCUUCGCUUCCCUUGCGUCAGCCGAGCUCUCUGACCGGAUUGGACGCAAAUGGGUUCUUGCCAUUGCCCUCGCGUUCUCCUACAUCGCCGUUGCCGUCGAAAUGGUUGCCACCACGAACGAGGUGUUCUUCGCAGGCAAAUUCAUCAACGGUUUCAUGAUUGGCAUCAUUGGCACGAUCAUGAUUGGCUACAUUGGAGAGAUUGCCCCUCUCGCGCUCAGGGGAGUCUUUACAGUUGGGGUUGGUGUUGCGUACGGCAUAGGGCCAUUACUGGCUUUCAUCGUGAUCAACUACACCGGAACCGCCGACAAUGCUUGGGCGUACCGAACGGUGUUUGCGACGCAGUUCGGAUUCGCCGGCGUCGCUACCCUCCUCUGGCCAUUCAUGCCUGAAUCACCCUGGUGGCUCGCCCGCAAGAACCGCCGCGAUGCAACGAUCAAGGCCCUAGGCAGACUCGGCUACACUGGUGACGAAGGCAUCAAGAAGCUGGCUCUGAUCGAAAAGACCCUCGACGAGGUUCGUGCGGAAACCGAGGGCACCACAUACAUGGAGUGCUUCCGAGGCUCCAACCUGCGCCGCACUUUGAUCAGCAUCAUGCCGCUGAUCAUCCAGAUCUUCAGCGGCAUCACCUUUGUUGCUGGGUACUUCACGUACUACCUACAACUUGCUGGCUAUGACACCCAGACAAGCUAUCGACUUCAGAUUGCUCAGCCGGUGCUUUCCAUCGUGGGAAACCUGAUGGCGGCAAGUGCGAUCGAGCGGGUCGGGCGCCGCAAUAUGACCUUCUACGGACUCAUCAUCCUUACAAUCUUCCUCUUCAUUACCGGCGGCCUCGGCACUAGAACCGAGAAGCCCAUGGUAGAAGGCACUGUUGCUUUCAUUCUGAUCUAUUCCUGGUGGUACAACGUCAGCAUUGGGUCGACAGCAUUCAGCCUGCUCGCGGAAACAUCGACGUCCCGGCUGCGUGUGAAGACCGUGGCGAUCGGCUAUUCGCUCCAGUCGGCCUUCAAUGUCAUGUGGCAGUUUGUCAUCCCCUAUAUGUUCAACCCAGACAAGGCGAACUUGGGCGCAAAGAUGGCCUUCAUCUUCGGUGGCAUCUGCUUCUUCUUCAUCGGGUAUUUGUUCUACUUCCAGCCCGAGACCGCCGGGCGGUCGUACCAGGAGCUCGACGAGAUGUUUGCCAAGGGCGUGCCAUCGAGGAAGUUCAAGACGUACAAGACUUCGAUGCAGAUGCAGGCGGAGGAAGAGCCGAAGAAGGGGGAAAUUUGAGAGUCGAGGGAAGACAGGGGUCGCUUUGAGAACGUCAUACGCAGGGACGUAAGGCUCGAAUAUCCUGCGUGCGAACUUGAGUGUCACAUUAGUCUCAGCGGCCAAAUCGAAUAUCAAAGUCGUGAUUGC